AUGUCUUCUGUUUUAAUAAAUGUGCUCUUAUCCAAGUGUCCUGAUCCUGUUGUACUGUUAGACACUUUAUGCUGGUCAGGUGAAGUGUGGCCUGAGGUAGAAAGAGUUGAGGCUCUGACCACACUUGUCCGAGAAGUCGAUAAGGUUGAACGUUUUGUGUGUAAAGUGCAAGCAGUCGUAUGGGAACAGUGUUUACCACUUUUAAGAAAUAUAUCCAAAGAAUAUUUUUCUUUAAGUGAACAUAGCGCCGCGGGUAGCGCACCACAUAAGGGACUUCUGCAUGCUGUUUGUGGACUGCUUGGUGUGUGUGUAGCUGUAUGUGCAUCAGAGAUAUCAGAGAGAAUCGCCGGCAUUACCCUACCCGCAUUGCAUCCAUCGGAGAAGGAGAAAGAGACUCAUGGCAAGGAAGAGCUGCACAUUGACAUUGCUAUCGAAAUUAUGGUUGUGUUGCUGUCAAACUUUUCACCAAACAGAACACUAACAACACAAACGUUGUCUUGCACACUUAGUAGCAUCAAGGAGCUCUCUGACGCGCGGGUGUCUAAAAUUGUUGUCCGUCUUUGGUUCACUCUCCUCAACUCAGCAACCAGCUGUGACAGAAGAACGGACAUCCUGCAACACAUAUGGGACGAUUUACUUACGUGGCACGAACGUGAGAGUACAGAGACAGCGACAGCUCGGGUGUUACUGUGCCUGACCGCUCUAUCAGAUUAUCUUUUUAACUCAGGAGACGUUUACUCGCGUGAUGGUGGCCUGUGUAGCAUCCAACCGGACCCACGCCUGUCUCAAACGUUCUGGAGAAUCAUUCAGGCUGGACUAACGCACAGGGACAAUGUGUCUCGUAAGCGAGCUCUCUACUUGUUAAAACGGUGCGUCGCUUUGUCAGUGAUCCAGAACAAAGAUGUUUGCAUCUGCGCCCCUGUCGGAAAAGAUGAAUUCUUGUUCAAGUGGGCACGAGAUAAUUGCAAAUUGCAGCGGGAGUUCUGGGAAGACUAUGUGCUUGUGUUGGAGACCCUUGAGGAAAAUCAGAUCCACGUGGUACGCCCUGUUCUCAACAGGAUAAAUACUCUCGUCGAAACAACAGCUACUGAUGCUCAAGGUUGCGGUCUGUUUCAUCCAUCCUGGUUGUUGUGUGUAUAUCAGCGCAUGUUUCACAGUGAGAACAAAGCAGUAAUGAGAGAGGGAGUGUGUCACCUGCUGGAGCUGAAGGUGCUUCAGCGACCUGCCUUUGCCCUGGCUUUCUCACAGUUUAUUGUGGGUCCAUUGAUGGAUGUCUUGACAGAGAGCUGGCUUUUCCACAGAUCUGCCAAACAAAGUAUUAGGGAGUGUCCAGAACUUGGACAUCAGCUACAGAACUUCAUCGUCACUUUUUUCAGCAGUCUGCCUGUAGAAAACAAAGGAGCUGUGUUGCUGCAGUUGAUCCAGCGUUUGGGAACCCAGCAUUGGUGUGCUGUGCCCCUGCUCUUUUUGUCCCAGGCCCUGGCCCAUCUGCCUGCCUGUCCUCUGCUAGGCCUGGAUGGCCUCCAUGCACUCAGAGAAGUGCUACGUUCUACCAUGAUCACUCACCAGGUUCUGUUGAGAGGAGCUUCUCAGUGCUUCCUGUUGCACAGCGCCCUCUGCCUGACAGAUGUGACAGCUGUGUCUCUGGAUGAUGUGUUUAGUUUUCUGGUGCAUUUCCGUACCGACGAAUCCCUGUGUAGAGGGACAAGACUUUGGAGUGAGCUAUGUGACUGGUUGCUUGUUAACGAGGGCGGUUUCCGGCCGGCAGUGAGAGAUGAAGGCCCUGGUGUGCAGCUCCAUGCCGGAGGCAACAGCAGUCCCACUCCACAGAAGGCCUCAGUGCGCAGUUACAUCCAGCUCCGUCUGGAGGCCUUCCUCGCAGUACCAGCCAGCUCAGAUCAGACAGAGAUGGUUCCAGACUCGGGAGAAGCAGAACUGCUGGCCCGGGCAGUCAUCCUGUUUGCGGACACGGUGAAACUCAGGCGUGGGGACCAGCAGGUGGGCGAGGAGUUAGAAACACUCCUAAACCCCCUGCUGGGUGUACUGCGCAAGAUCAGUACAAACAUUUACCUGCCCUUACGCAAGACUGACAAGAGCCUGCAGCUACUGCUGCGUCUGCUCCAGCUUCGAAACAAACCCAAGUGUUCCGAUUCUGACUACGAGGAAGAAGAGGACAGCGUGGCAGUUGCUGUGGCAAUGCUGGUGCUGGGGGUUGUGGCGCCCAUUCAAGAGUUUCUCCUCAGGAGGCUGAGUGGAGAGCUACGGGAACUGUGUGAUCUGGAGCGGGCGGGGCUGUAUCUCUCCGUGCUGAGAGAGUUGACACAUGCGUUCACUGCUGUGCCGUGGUAUCAUUCUAAUAUGCAGCAGACUUAUGCCCCCAAACUUACUGCCAUCUGUCUGAAGAUCCUCAGUGAGCCAGCGAAGCAGCAAGUGCCCAGAGCUGUAGCCAUGUCUGUGCUGGCCUUGCUGUGUGAACUGACAGGGAAGAGUGUAUUUCAUUGCCACUCGGAGGCCAUGAGGUCACUGAAUUCUCUGUCUGCAUACUUUUACUCUUCCUCCUCCUCUUCAUCACUCGAGCAUCUGAAUGAAACCCUUCUGAAGCCCACGGUUACAGCUGACCCCUCAAGAAGUCAUUCGGAUGACAGUCCUCUCCUUCAUGACUGGAGUCGAGUGGUGGCUUAUUUUAUCCGGGAUCAGUGGACGUGUUUGAAUUUCCUGGAGAAAAACCCCAUGCUUGUCAGGCCUUUAGAGUCCACUAAAGCCACAGCGGCUCUUCAGGCUUCAGUGGAGGCUCUGUCUUUACUACCCAGUGAUCUGGUGCUACCAGUACUGGACUUUAUGACGUGCCUCUUACCAAAGAUGGUGCUGUUAGAUGACGCUCUGUGUGUGGAGGCAGUGUCUGUGUCAUGGAAGGUGGUGCAGGGACUGAGCGGUAACCAGAAUGAUUUCUGGUCCACUCUGCGGGCCUUUGUCCGGUUUGCUUUUCACCGCAGCACUCUGGAGCUGACCGAUGCUCAGAGCCCCAGGCUAACAGCAUGUUUACAACAGAUUGUGUGUGAACUGCUAGAUCUGUCUCAGGUUAAACUGGGUGUAUUUAAUGUGCUGAUCCAACACUGUUGUGACACCUGGCUGCCCUCUGACCCAGAGGGCGACCUCCAGCCCGAGGUCACACUCUGUAGUGCUCUCUCACACCUUGACAUCCUGACUGAGGCGUGUGUUUAUGGACCGGUGUUCAGAAAGGACCAAAGGCUUAUUCAGGAGGUGCAAAGCUACGUGGAACAGCUGGGAGAGGGGUGUGCGGCCAACGCUGCAGUUAGAAGUGAUGAUAGGAGUGAUCACUUUCCUCGUGUGUGUGUUCUGGCCUUUCUGAGUCGCCUCGAGCCAUCCAACCAGCUCCAUCAGAGACUGAUGGAGGAGCUGGUGCAGCGGUUGCUGAGAAAGGAUGAGGAGAUUUCAAAGUCAAAAGUACGUUACUAUGGCAACUCGAUGCAGCACCGAGUAAAGAACAGGGUGUGGCAGACAAUGCUGUUGUUGCUUCCCAAAUUGAGACCGGAUUUUGUUAUUGGGUAUGUGCUGACCCGCGUGUUUGAGGCUGGAUUCUGUAGUAACCAGGCCUCAGUGAAGUAUCUGAUAGAAUGGGCCAUGAUUCUUAUCUUUAACAACAACCCCAGUCAAAUGGAGCGUCUUUGGACCUGUUUCAAUGUGGAUCAAGAGAAAACAAAAACGAGUAUCUGUACCUUCCUGUCUGUGUUGGUACAUUUGAAUAUACUCCUACCCAAACUGCAGGAUAAGGUUGCGCAGUGGCGUAAAGCUCUGGAGAUCAUCCUGCAGUGGUGUUUCAGUCAUAACUUCAGCGUGCGCCUGUAUGCUCUUCUGGCUCUAAAAAAGGUCUGGGGUCUAGAGGAGGCCAGAGCCCUGGCUGAACAAGACCUGACUGCUUCAGCGGCUCUCGGUGGACUUGCCACUGUGGUCCAGGCAUGUUUGCACCAAGCAGAAGCCAUGCAGAACACAGGCAAUGCCAUGAAGAACUGGUCCAGAAUUCAGGAACACUUCUUCUUCAGCACAUUCCAUCCCCUGAGAGAUUACAGCGUGGAGACUAUAUUCCACACAUUCCCUAGCCUGUCUGAGCUGGCAGACGAUGAGUGGAUUCCUGUGUGGAAGUUUGAAAAGCUGGUGAUGUUUCCCCAGAGCUCCUCUGUCCCCCUGAGGAACCCAGUGCGUGACCUGAGUGAACUGCAGCCUGGAGACUGGAUCCAGCAGGACAAAGGCGACCUGGAUCAGGAAGAGCGCUGGGCAGAGGUACAGAAGAAGAUGACUCCGUGGAGGCUGAGUGUUCAGGAUCAGGAGCCGCAGCUUGUUGCCCAGCAGAGAGCAGUGCGAUUAGGAAAGCUCACCAGCGCCCUGCUCGUGGUCGCCUCCCUUAUCGACAAGCCCACAAACCUCGGCGGACUGUGUAGGACGUGUGAAAUCUUUGGGGCUAGUGCCUUGAUCUUGGACACACUGCGUCAUGCUAGCGACAAGCAGUUUCAGGCUCUCAGUGUGUCCUCCGAACUGUGGCUUCCUCUGCUAGAGGUUAAGCCUGCAGAGUUAGCUGACUUCCUGCAGCUGAAGAAAAGAGAAGGUUACUGCAUCAUUGGCGUGGAGCAGACAGCUAACAGCCAAAGUCUGCAGGAUUUCCACUUCCCUGAGAAGACUCUGCUACUCUUGGGAAACGAGAGAGAAGGCAUACCCGCUAACCUGCUGCAGUUACUGGACGUGUGCGUGGAAAUCCCUCAGCAAGGCGUCACGCGCUCUCUCAAUGUGCACGUUAGUGCCGCCCUGCUUGUGUGGGAGUAUACUCGGCAGCACCUGGUCCCAAACCAUGCCCCCUAA